UCAAUAGCUCGAUCAAUUUUAUAUUUGACUAUUUCAUCAUACUUUGGUUAUGUCCGCAAUCUGAUACAUGUAUCCACGUACUUUUUUAACCAUGUUUACGCACAUUAUAUUAUUUGAUAUCCCGGAUUGUUAUUUAACAUUAGAGCUGCUUCUUUUGAACGCGUUAAUUCUCAGUAUAAACUCUGUGGAUACGCUGCGUAUAAUCUUUAAUCUUCUAUAUAGCAAAUCAGCCAGUAGGAACCGUGAACAGUGAAGCUGAGGCUGUGUUUACUCUGCAGCGUGUUAUUUAGUGAACUAGCAAGGUUUAAUCUUUACAUUAAGUAGGGAAGGUGUGUGUUGUGAAAUUAUUGUACUCUGGAAAUCAUGGCUGCCAGAUUGAACUGUGUUGUUUUGUUGUUUAUAACAUUACGGUGUACAUUUGGAUGUGAUUUCGAUCCGUGUGUUAAUCCGGGGUUUUGUUCAGGGGGAAAGGCGUGUGUAACUGACGUUAAUUGUAACACGUCCUGCGUGUGUUCGCAUAAUUCUACGGCAGCUGAAUGUAUACAAAGUACGAAUUCUAGUGAUUCUUCUAGUACUAAUAGUAGUGACAUCAACACGUCUCCUUUAGCCAUGACGUCACCUAGUUCUAGCAGCGUGGCACCGUCAUCAAGCGCCGAAAUGUUGACAUCAACGCAAGCUACGUCAACCUGCCGAUGCGAAAACGGACAGUGUCAAGACGGUGGCGGUUGUAUUUGUGAUGAUAGCGAUGGCUGUUUUUGUGUAGAGUGCGAAUCUGGCUUCCGGUGUGAGAUGAGGUCAUUUCCGUUUGGAAUAUAUCCGGUGUGUAAUGAAGAUGAAAUUCCGAUCGGACCUUCAACCGACGCCUGUGACGCUGGGUAUGCUUUAAGAAAUGAAUCCGAUCGUUUAUGCUUUGGAGAGACUCAGACUUGUGUGUACGGAUACUGUUAUAAGGAACCAGGAAUCGAAUAUUGUAAAUGUGACGACCCGGCCGUUGGGUUGUAUUGUGAACAAACUUGUUGUAAAAACUGUAGUGGCAAUGGCAUUUGUAAAAAAAACUCGACGACACUGACAGAGUCUUGCUCAUGUAGUGAUGGAUAUACAGGAGAAUUUUGUGAAAUUAAAAGAACAUGCCCCUGUGUAAACGGGCAAUGUCGUUCGAACUCUUUCAGCGAAUGUGAUUGCGAGAAUGGCUGGUCAGGAGAUACAUGUGACCUUGAAUGUAACUUGAAUUGUCCAGCGAAUACCGGCUGUCAUCGUAUUCAAAACACCGCAAUGACCGCCUGUAUUCCUAUAACUCCCACCACGACCGAAACCCCGACCAUCAGCGCCACGUUAGAAACAAGCAAUAGGACGUAUAAUGUUUGUGAGGAGGCUUAUCAGCAACGUCCGUUAGAAGAGCGAACGUGUUUUAGUGGAAGCCUGAACUGUCAUUUCGGCAGAUGCGUCACCGAGGACUUGGUUUAUUGCAAAUGCGACAUUGGGGUGUCUCCAGGAGGAGGCCAAUUGUGUAGAGAAAAGUGCUGCAAAUACUGUGGCGAGCAUGGUGACUGUUACUACAAUACGAAAUUGGAAAAAGAAAUGUGCAACUGUCAUGAUAACUACACUGGAGACCUCUGUGAGAACAAGAAGGUUUUCCCCUCCACCGAACCUCAUAAAGAUCCCCGAUGGGUUUACUGGGUGGCAGGCGUCUGCGGUUUCCUCCUUGUUGCCUUGGUAAUCUUGCUCGUCAUUAUGCCCUACUUUCUGUGGCGGAAGCGAGUUAUACUCGUAAUGAAACUCGUGCACUACUUUCAGGGAUACGAAGAUGAUGACGACAGCAAAUGGGACGCCUUCAUAUCUUACAAGUCCAACACCCCAGACGAAGACUUUGUUGUGCACACGUUGUUUCCCAAGUUGGCACGUGAACUAGGCUUUUCCGUGAACGUGCACUUCAAGGACUUUACACCUGGCGAAGAUAUUACAAACAACAUCAUCCACGCAGUAGAAAAUAGCAGGAGAACCAUUCUGAUCGUCUCCCCAAACUACUUGGCCUCCAACUUUGCCAAGUUUGAGUGGCAGACCGCCCAGCAACGCAUGUUGGAGCGUCGACAUCGCAUCAUCCCCAUCUUGCUAGAGGAUGUCUCCUCAUAUCGCGAGUCAAUGGACCCAAAUCUUAGACAGAUUCUCGAUUCUGUCACGUAUAUCGAAUGGCCACAUGAUGAAAAUACUACACAGAAGAAAACAGACAAAUUUUGGAAGAGAAUCGAACUGUCGAUGCCAAAGAAGAAACAGAAAAGUACUGCGAGUCCAAACGAAUACUCAAAAGACACACCGACCGAUAAUACAACAGCUACUUUUGUUAAACCGGACUCGGUAGAGCUUACAGUGGUUAACGGGGAAGAAAUUUCCCGACCUCCCUAUCUGCACGAAGACUCUGGUAUAUACUGUUCAAUUAACGAAAAUGAAAGACCCAACCCUGAAGAAGUUUACAACACAAUCAAUGAGGCUGAUAUUGAAGCAAAAUCUCAAGGUAAAGAACAUACCAAGAAUAACUCUAAUGACGCAUACUAUAUUACGCCAAAGCACACACAAAUCGCUGAAAGUUCCAACAAUCUGGAAAACCAACUUACUAAGGAAAACUUGGACGAAAGGGAAAUGAAGUUUCUCAAAAUUUUAGAAGUCGAUGUGUAACUCCAGGUUAUUGAAAUGUACUAUCGUAUGUUAUUUUGUGUUUUUUUUUUCUUUCAUGAUACGAUGUGAGAUUAUGUAAGGGGAAAUAUAAAAUGUUCGUUCCGGUCAAGAUAAUUAAGAAUGAGAUUGUAUAAGAAUAAAAAAUACAAGACGUCUGAUACAUAAGCUACUGUCAAUAAAUAGUUUGGGAGGAAAACCGAAGAACUGUACCGGCGCAGAUAUAUUAUUAAAAUGACGAAGGAGAAAUUAAAAAGAAAUGCAUGUGCGUCUGCUCAUGCGUCCCAAGCAUUUUCGUCUGAAACAUAUCUCUUAAAGAGGUUAAGUACAGUUGGGAGAAACUGUAACUCUGGCUGCGGCAUAUUUUGAGUUAUUGCUCUUCUUUCAUUCUCAUACUUACUUUUUGUGUUGGGUGUUAAUUUAAAAAGCUCUGCGGUGUUGACUUAAAUUUAAAAAAAACCCCAGAUAGAUCAGGUUCAGAAGAAGUGCAGUUCACAGGAACCAUAGCCUUUGCCGCAAUAUCUUUUGAGUCAUUGCCUUUGUUUCUUUGCACUAUUUUUGUCCAGAGAAUAGUUCCAUGUGUAUGUUGACUUCGCUGUUGAUAUACAAAUACAUUGGGGAGAAGUGCAGUGUACUUGAACCUUAACUCUGGAUGAGGUAUUGUUUAUGUAUAGCCCUAUUUUAAUGAUCAAUUAUUAUCCUUUGUCAAAAUGCGACAGAGAUACUAAACUUCAUUCGGAGGGGGACUGUGUCAGAGAGACAGGUUAGCAUAUUCGACAAAGGGACAAGGGUAUGAAUUUGUACAUUUGUAGAAUUCCUUUGUAAAAUUUGUUUUUUUUUUAUUGUUUUAAAGUCAUAGACGUGAAUUUUGCUUAACUAUUUACUGUAUACAGGGUUUUUGAUUUUUUGUGUACUUUUGAGCUUGUGCUUGUAGUUUUCAUAGUGUUUUUGCUGAAUUGGUCCAUUUGAUUCUAUAUAUUUGCAAUAACUCUUAGGUUUGUAUUACUAAUACAACAUGGUAUAUGAAUGAAUAUAUCAACUGGGCCAAUAAAACUUACACCAGAAAAAUAGUUGCAGUUUUGAAGUCUUUGCUGAACAGUUGAUAUGCUAAGUAACUCUUAAUGUUUCAUGGUCACAGAUCAGCCUUACUUUCGAAUUUUAGAACUUUUUUGGCAAUAAUUUUUCAUUGUUAAGAUGGAUUCCAACGAAGCAACAACCCAAAUUUGACUUUUAUUCGAAAACAUUGGACUUAAUCAUACCAUCUUUAUACCAUAUCGAUGCAAACGUCAAAAAGUCAUGUGACUUGUACUACUGUGACGCAGAUCUGCACCAACGGAAUGAAAGAUGCGUGUGUUGUGUUUUCGGUAAUGCAAAUAUUUAACCAUUUUUAAAGCAAUUAUGGUCACACUGCUGUAAACACUAUUGUCACCAAUAAACAUUAUUUAAGUAAUUUCGAUAGCUCCUAUAAUUAGUUCGCUCGUAUAAUGAAAAUUCCUAAUAAUGUCAUUGUUGCAAGUUUUUGUUUUAAAUAUUCCUUAUUCUCAUUUGGUUAUGUUUUAGCAACCAAAACAUUUGACUUUUUCUUCAAAUGAUGUAUAAAGCAUGUAAUGUUAGUAUAUAUUCUUUGUGCAUACAAAUAACCUUUUGAUGUUUAUGUUAAUCGCAUACUUUUGAAUCUGAAUCUCACACUCGUUACUCACCUGUAAGGAUAUUGUUGUACAUUUUACGUCGGAAAUGUUUGUUAAUAUAAUUAUGCUAUAUUAUAUUUUUACAUGUUUUAUAAUCAUCUUAAUUAAUUUUAAAAACAGGACAUUGACAACAAUAUUGCACGUGAUUGGGCAAUAUUGAAGACUAUCAAUAUAUUGAAUCUGAGAGCUAAAUAUUGUCAAGUGUAUUGAGUCAACAUUAUUGUCGAUUCUAUUGACUGGUUGGGCCUCAUUCAAUUUGUAUGUCAAUAACAAUCUCCUUAUUUUAUUGACAAUCGAAAUAAGACCAACUUGUACACUGCAAUAAUUCGUUAAAAAAUAUGAUUAAUA